AUGAAGUUCGAGAACGAUAACGAGAAACAGGUGUUUGAUAAGCUAUCUCGGAGUCUAGGCAACAUCAUCGAGACUAAGUGUGAUGGGUAUGAUGAGUUGUAUGGACACAAGAUCUGUAAAGAGAUUGGGUCUGCCGACGAGGUCCAGCAGUAUUACAACGAGGACAUUGCCCAAUCGCUGUUGUUCAAGCUCUGCAAGGCGUACCAGUUCAAUUACGAUGAAAUUGUGACACAUUUGGUGAAGAUUCUCAAAUGGAGAAAGAAGUUCAACCCAUUGAGCUGCGCAUUCAAGGAAACACAUAACAAAGAGCUAGAAGACGUUGGUAUUUUGACGUGGUACCCAGAGGAAGAACCCAACAAGCGUGUUGUCACAUGGAACCUGUACGGUAAGCUAGUCAAGAAGAAAGAGUUGUUCAAGGAUGUGCAGAAGUUCUUGAGGUACCGUAUUGGGCUCAUGGAGAAAGGUAUACAACUGCUGAACUUCCAGGACGAAGAGAACUGCUACAUGACUCAAGUGCAUGACUACAAGACCGUUUCCGUGUGGCGCAUGGACUCUGACAUGAAGAGCUGUGUGAAAGAGGUUAUCAACACUUUCCAGACAUACUACCCGGAGUUGUUGUACGCGAAGUACUUCGUCAAUGUGCCAAGCGUGUUUGCAUGGGCUUACGACAUCAUCAAGACUUUUGUGGAUGAGAACACUAGGAAGAAGUUCGUGGUCCUGAACGACGGUAAGAAGCUUGGCAAGUACUUGAAACAAUGUCCCGGAGACCAGUUUGGGGGCUCUUCCAAAUCCACCAUCUUCGAACAGAACGUCAAAAAGGUCAAACCUACCGCAUACGCUUCCUACUUGCUCGAGAGACAAGAGAUCGAAGAUGUAGAAUAG